AAAGGCCUUGGAAGGGGCUCAGGGAGGGUUGGAGCGGCCACGCCUGGAGGUGUCCGGGGAAUUCUUGGGCCACAUCUGGAGCUGUGUCUGAUUUGGGUCCCGCAGCUCAAGACCAACCGAAGGCACCCAGGUGUUCCAGGGACCUUGAGGGAAAGGUGGAUUGGGAGAUGCUGAAGGAUUUGGGGAUGAUCCUGGGGCCUCUUUGCGGGGUCCAAAAUACUCAUGGAGAGGCUCUUCCAACUGAGGCAUUGAGGGGAAACUGAGCAGAUUAUCAGGAAUAAAAUUCCCAGCAGAAGGAGUAUUGUGAGAGAACCGAGUCCCAUCCAGAGUCCCAUCCCAACUCCAUUCCCCAAAUGCUCCAAAACAGAUUUUUUUUUUCAUUGUUUAAUCCCGAGGGGGAUUGUUUCCAGGCUGUCUCAUCUGCAUUUCCCAGUCCGUAGGAAAUACGUGGAUGGGGAAUUCCUGGCAGUCAUGAGAGUCUCACAUCCCAGCCCGGCGACAUUAAAAAUUAUAAUGUCGAGUGAAGUAAUUGAAGGAUUGGAGCAGAGCAGGUCUGGAUUAUUAAAUAUUUGAUUUCCAUACCCCUGAGGUGUCUCACUUCCGGAGCCACGGACACCAAAAUCCUAUAAAAGGAUUCCUAUUGUCCUGUUCCUCAAGCCAUUUUUGGUUUCAUUUGGUGCUCGCUGGUGGACAAUUGGGUAAGUCCAGCUCGGUUUCCUUGGAAGUCACCUCGUGGUUGGCGUUUUGUUUGUUUUCAUUUUGGAGCCGUGCAGAAGCAAAUUAAAAGACUUAAAAGCGUUUCUGCUUGGGGAUAUUGGGGUUGGGAUUCCCCCAGAUUUUAAUUCCGUCUUCUCCGGGGUUUAUUUGCUGCGGGUUUUGCUCUUUCUCCAUCGAGGAGGAUGAAAUUCUCUCUGUGUCCUCACCGACUUUGCUGCCGUGUUUCACCCGGGGAAUUGCUGGCGUUGGCAGAGAUCAAAAGGCCGAGCUGGGACUUCAAAGGGGAGGAGUGGGAGGGGUGAUAAGGAGUGGAGACUCCCCGGCUGCCAGGGAAGGCCAGGGUGCCUGGGAGGAAAACCCGGGCUGGGAAGAGCCAGGCAGAUUUUGUGGGAAAAGCAGCCGCGGCAGAGCCUUUCCUUGGGGAGGUUUUCCAGCACGGAGCCGCCACUGGCGUCCUCUGGAUGAGGGCAGGGUGUUCCGAAGCCUUUUUGGGUGAAAUUAGGGAAGGAAUGGGAAAGAUUCAUCGCAAACCAAGGGGAGGUGUGGGCAGGUGGAGGCUUCAGACCUUGCUGGAAACCUAAAGGAGCCCAAACAAUUUUUUGCUUCCUGUUUUGAGAGGAAGCUGCUUGAAAACAGCAACAAAUUUGCCUGAAACGCUUUCACGUGGAGUCACUUCCUCACCUCACGGCUGUUUUCCAGUUCAGGAUUUGGUGGAAAAAGGACGAAUUAAAUUCAGUGUAUAGAACAGCCUGGAAUGUUUUCACACCUCUUUUUUAAAAUUAAAUUUUAUCCCUUUCCUUUUUCCAGCCUCCCCCCUUCCCCCCAAGAAUGCGCCGCGCCACCGGUUGCCCGCUGAGCCAGAUCUGCAUCCCCCCUCCGGCCGUGCUGGUGAGGAGCUUCCCGGUGAGGUCCAGCCCGGAUCCCUGCGGCGCCACCGGCUCCUUCCCGUGCCUCCCUCCCCGCCGCAGCCCCUGCUGCUACCCCGGCACCACCACCUACGUCAGCCUGGGCAGCCUGGGCAGCCUGGCCCAGGCCGCCAAGCCCUGCGGCCUCGUGGCCACCAUCUGUGGCCCCCCGAGCUGCCAGGACGUGGCCGGGUGCUCCACGAGGUGCAGGAACCCCUGCUGCUGCUGCCGGGUGACCGAGAGCUGCAGCAGGAGCCGGGACUGCUUCCAGGAGGUGGCCAAGUGCUCCACAGGCGUGUGCCAGGAUCUCUGCUGCCAGGAGGUCACCAAGUGUGAAACCACGUGUCAGGAUCCGUGUUAUAAGGAGGUCACCACGUGCACCACCACGUGUCAGGAUCCGUGCUGUCAGGAGGUCACCAAGUGUGUCACCACGUGUCAGGAUCCGUGUUGUCAAGAGGUCACCAAGUGUGUCACCACGUGUCAGGAUCCCUGUUGUAAGGAGGUCACCAAGUGCACAACCACGUGUCAAGAUCCGUGCUGCCAAGAGGUCACCACAUGCACCACCACGUGCCAGGAUCCCUGCUGCAAGGAGGUCACCAGGUGUGUCACCACACGCCAGGAUCCGUGUUGUAAGGAGGUCACCAAGUGUGUCACCACACGCCAGGACCCGUGUUGUCAAGAGGUCACCACAUGCACCACAACAUGCCAGGAUCCCUGCUGCCAGGAGGUCACCAAGUGCACAACCACGUGUCGGGAUCCGUGUUAUAAGGAGGUCACCAGGUGUGUCACCACGUGCCAGGAUCCCUGCUGCCAGGAGGUGUCCAAGUGCACAACCACGUGCCAAGAUCCGUGUUGCAAAGAGGUGACCAGGUGCACCACCACGUGUGUGGAUCCCUGCUGCCAGGAGGUCACCAAGUGUGUCACAACGUGCCAAGAUCCCUGUUGCAAGGAGGUCACCAAGUGUGCCACCAGGUGUGUGGAUCCAUGUUGUCAAGAGGUCACCAAGUGUGUCACCACGUGCCAAGAUCCCUGUUGCAAGGAGGUCACCACAUGCACCACAACGUGUAAGGAGGUCACCAAGUGCGCCACCACGUGUGUGGACCCCUGCUGCCAGGAGGUCACCAAGUGUGUCACCACAUGCCAGGACCCCUGCAGCAAGGAGGUGACCACAUGCACCACCACGUGUGUGGAUCCAUGUUGCAAGGAGGUCACCAAGUGUGUCACCACGUGCCAAGAUCCAUGUUGCAAGGAAGUGACCACGUAUGUGGACCCGUGCUGUCAGGAGGUCACCAGGUGUGUCACCACCUUUGUGGACCCGUGUGGCAAGAAAGCCCCCAGGGGCCUCACGCCGUGUUACGAGCCCUGCUGCAAGAAGGUGACCAAGUGGAGCAGCCCGUGGGUGAUUCCGUGGUGCAGGAAAGGUGCCAAGUCCAGCACCAGAUGUGGAGAUCCCUGCUCCAAGAAGGGGAGCAAGGGCAGCUCCAGAUGUGUGGAUCCGUGCUACAAGAAGGUGUCCAAGUGCUCCAACCCGUGCCAAGAUCCGUGCUGUGUGACCAGGUGUGACCCCAGGUGUGUGGACACGUGUUGCCAGGAGGUCACCAAGUGCAGAACCAGAUAUGUGGAUCCAUGCUGCCAGGAGGUCACCAAGUGUGUCACCACAUGCCAAGAUCCCUGUGGCAAGGAGGUCACCAAGUGCGUCACCAGAUGUGUGGAUCCAUGCUGCCAGGAGAUCACCAAGUGCAGAACCAGAUGUGUUGAUCCAUGUUGUAAGGAGGUCACCAAAUGUGUCACCAGGUGUGUGGAUCCGUGUUGUAAGGAGGUCACCAAGUGCACCACCAGGUGUGUUGAUCCCUGCUGCCAGGAGGUCACCAAGUGUGUCACCACAUGCCAAGAUCCCUGCUGUGUCACCAGAUGCGCCACCAGGUGUGUGGAUCCCUGUUGUAAGGAGGUCACCAAGUGUAUCACCACAUGCCAAGAUCCCUGCUGUGUCACCAGGUGUGUGGAUCCAUGUUGCAAGGAGGUCACCAAAUGUGUCACCACGUGCCAGGAUCCCUGCUGCCAGGAGGUGACCACAUGCACCACCAGGUGUGUCGAUCCCUGCUGCCAGGAGGUGACCAAGCGCUUCGCCGCGUGCCAAGAUCCCUGCUGUGCCACCAGAUGUGCCACCAGAUGUGUUGAUCCCUGCUGCCAGGGAGUGGCCAGGUGCCAAGAUCCCUGCUGUGCCACCAGAUGUGCCACCAGGUGUGUGGACUCCUGCUGCCAAGGAGUGACCGCCUGCCAAGGUUCCUGCUGCCAAGGAGUGACCACCUGCACCACGACCUGCCAAGACCCAUGCUGCCAGGGAGUGACCACUUGCCAAAAUUCCUGCUGCCAGGGAGUGACCGCUUGCCAAAAUUCCUGCUGCCAGGGAGUGACCACCUGCCAAAAUUCCUGCUGCCAGGGAGUGACCACCUGCACCACGACCUGCCAGGGAGUGACCUCCUGCCAGGACCCCUGCUGCCAGGGAGUGACCACCUGCCAAGGUUCCUGCUGCCAGGGAGUGACCACCUGCCAAGGCUCCUGCUGCCAAGGAGUGACCACCUGCACUACCAGCUGCCAAGACCCCUGUGGCCAGGGAGUGACCACCUGCACCACCACCUGCCAGGACCCGUGCUGCCAGGGACUGACCUCGUGCCAAGACCCCUGCGGCCAGGGAGUGACCACCUGCACCACGACCUGCCAGGACCCGUGCUGCCAGGGAGUGACCUCCUGCCAGGACCCCUGCUGCCAGGGAGUGACCACCUGCCAAGGUUCCUGCUGCCAGGGAGUGACCACCUGCCAAGGCUCCUGCUGCCAAGGAGUGACCACCUGCACCACCAGCUGCCAAGACCCCUGCGGCCAGGGAGUGACCACCUGCACCACCAGCUGCCAGGGAGUGACCUCGUGCCAGGACCCCUGUGGCCAGGGAGUGCCCACCUCGUGCCCAGCCCCGUGCUGUGUCCCCAGCCGUGCCACCUCGCAAUGCCGCGGAGGUGUCCAGGUUGUCACCAGGUGCGCUGACUCCUGUCCCACCACCUGCGUCACCCAGACCUGCCCCGUGUGCGGCCAGCGCUGCUCCGUCUCCGGCUGCCCGACAUUCCGGGCUCGCUGAGGGGCUCCGGAGGAAGAGUAAAUCCUCAUUUCCCUCACGUUCUGCCCUGUUCCUGCUGUUUUUCACCUCAAGAAAGCGCCGUUCCUCACAGGACGUCA